AGCUCCCAGCCUGGAGCCUAAGCAUACACUGCAUUAAUCAGACUUGCUGGAAUGAUCACAUGGUUUUCGUGCUGCCUCCCCUGUUAGCUGCCGCCUGUCAGCAGCUGGCAGAGCUGGCGGCUGCAGGCCCCUGUCUGCAGAAAGCCUUUUACUUCAGAAUCUUGGGGGGUGUGGAAACCCCGCCUCUUUUUCCUGCACUUUGCACCAUCUGACUGACUAAAUGGUUGUCCUCCAAACCAAAAAGGCUACCAGACAAUCUAAGGAAAUUGUCUCUGACUAGGUCAUGUUCGCAUUUGAAGAAUUCAGUGAACAGAGUAUCUGCCAAGCCCGGGCUUCCGUGAUGGUCUACGAUGACACCAGUAAGAAAUGGGUACCCAUCAAACCUGGCCAGCAGGGGUUCAGCCGAAUCAACAUGUACCACAACACCGCGAGCAACACCUUCAGAGUCGUCGGAGUCAAGCUGCAGGACCAGCAGGUUGUGAUCAAUUAUUCAAUCGUGAAAGGGCUGAAGUACAAUCAGGCAACACCAACCUUCCACCAGUGGCGAGAUGCCCGCCAGGUCUACGGCUUAAACUUCGCGAGUAAAGAAGAGGCGACCACCUUCUGCAAUGCCAUGCUGUUUGCCCUUAACGUCAUGAAUUCCCAGGAAGGAGGCCCCUCCGCCCAGCGCCAGGUGCAGAAUGGCCCCUCUCCUGACGAGAUGGACAUCCAGAGAAGACAAGUGAUGGAGCAGCAGCAGCAGCAGCGUCAGGAGUCUCUAGAGAGAAGGACCUCAGCCACAGGGCCCAUCCUCCCACCAGGGCACCCCUCAUCUACAGCCAGCGCCCCCCUCUCAUGUAGUGGGCCUCCACCCCCACCCCCGCCCCCUGUCCCACCUCCACCCACAGGGGCCACUCCCCCUCCCCCACCCCCACUGCCAGCUGGAGGAGCCCAAGGCACCAGCCAUGAUGAGAGCUCCGUGUCAGGACUGGCCGCUGCCCUGGCUGGGGCCAAGCUGAGAAGAGUCCAGCGGCCAGAAGACGCGUCUGGAGGCUCCAGUCCCAGCGGGACCUCCAAGUCUGACGCCAACCGGGCGAGCAGUGGGGGUGGAGGAGGAGGCCUCAUGGAAGAGAUGAACAAGCUGCUGGCCAAGAGGAGAAAAGCAGCCUCCCAAACAGACAAGCCGGCUGAUAAAAAGGAAGACGAAAGCCAAACGGAAGAGCCGAGCACCUCUCCGUCUCCUGGGAGCCGAGCAGCCGGCCAGCCGCCUAACUCCUCAGAGGCUGGCCGGAAGCCCUGGGAGCGGAGCAACUCGGUGGAGAAGCCCGUGUCCUCAUUACUGUCCAGAACCCCGUCCGUGGCAAAGAGCCCUGAAGCUAAGAGCCCCCUUCCGUCGCAGCCUCACUCUAGGGUGAAGCCGGCAGGAAGUGUAAAUGACAUGGCCCUGGACGCCUUCGAUUUAGACCGGAUGAAACAGGAAAUCCUUGAGGAGGUAGUUCGAGAGCUCCACAAAGUGAAGGAGGAGAUCAUCGAUGCCAUCAGGCAGGAGCUGAGUGGGGUGAGCACCUCCUAAUGCCCUCAGCCCUGCCGCCACCUGAGAUGCAGGCCUACGACGGCGGGGACAGUGAGGAGCCAGCCGGCCCGGCCUCCAGCACACGCCAGCGCGAUGAAACGGAGAGGUGCUGCACUGCAAGUCUUAGCCUGAGAGAAAAUACUAAAAUGAGGAAAAAGUUCAACUCCUGGAUUUUUUUAGAUUCUACCUGACACAGAACACCAGGUCUACUCGCCUUUUUUGUAUUUUAUAUUUGCCUAUUUAAGUGUACAUUUCUUUUGGUUUAUAGAGAAGACACCCCAAAUCAUGCGCUUCAUUAGAUGGUUCCCCAGUCUUCUCCUGGGUGACGCUGUCAGCACCUUGGCUGGCAGGGGGGCUGUCCACGCAGCUCCUUCCCCAGUGUCCUGGUGGUGAAGGUCUGUCACGCACCGCGGUGUCUGUCCACGUGGUAAUAAACGCUUCCUGUCCACAC